AUGGUAGAUCAAGCCCCAGACCAGCCUCCGGGGAAGCAAUACAAGGGAGGGUACCGCCAGAUCAACGAUGCACUCAACAUUAGCGCUUUCGAGGACUAUCUGGAAGCUCAAGUGUCGCGCUUGCCGGAGAUAGCUGAUGUAGAACAAAUUAGCCCACGCGUGCUUCGCGUAUUGGGGCAGAAUGCCGGAAAGUUCACACUCCAGGGCACCAACACAUACAUCGUGGGAACGGGUUCAAGAAGGCUUAUAAUUGACACCGGUCAAGGAAUCCCAGAAUGGGCCAAACUGAUCUCCUCAACGCUGUCCGACUCUGACGUGGCCCUCUCGCACGUCCUGCUCACACACUGGCAUGGAGAUCACACCGGCGGCGUCCCAGACCUCCUGCGCUUGUAUCCCGAGCUUUCAAAUUGUAUUUACAAACACACGCCGAACCGAACCCAGCAGCCUAUCGUUGAUGGGGAAUUAUUUAAGGUUGAUGGCGCUACUGUCCGCGCCGUGCACGCCCCUGGUCAUUCACACGACCACAUGUGCUUCAUCCUGGAGGAGGAGAAUGCGAUGUUCACAGGCGACAACGUGCUCGGUCACGGCACCGCGGCCGUCGAGCAGCUUAGUACAUGGAUGGGUUCACUGAAUAUCAUGCAGUUGCACGGGUGCGUAAUCGGUUACCCGGCGCAUGGUGUGGUCAUCCGUGAUUUGCCAGGCAAGAUUGCCAGCGAGCUGGCGUCCAAAAUACGGCGCGAGACUCAAGUGCUAGAGGCGCUGGCGAAGAUAAAAAUGAGUACCGCUGGGCGCGGUAAGGGGAGCACCACUAUCAAGCAGCUUGUCACGGCGAUGCAUGGGGAUGAGCUGGACGAACAGGUUAGGGAGACGGCGGUGGAACCAUUAAUAGAGGAAGUAUUGCGGAAAUUGGCCGAGGAUGGGAAAGUUGCGUUUGAGCUCAGGGGUGGGGAGAAGAAGUGGUAUGGGAUUCCACAGAAAUAA